UGAACUACAGUGAAGAUGUCUGGAAGAGGAAAGACUGGCGGUAAAGCUCGUGCUAAGGCAAAGACUCGCUCCUCCAGGGCAGGACUGCAGUUCCCAGUCGGCCGUGUUCACAGGCUGCUGCGGAAGGGAAACUAUGCCCAGCGUGUCGGCGCUGGAGCCCCGGUCUAUCUGGCCGCUGUGCUCGAGUACCUGACUGCUGAAAUCCUGGAGCUGGCCGGGAACGCCGCCCGGGACAACAAGAAAACCAGAAUCAUCCCGCGUCACCUGCAGCUCGCUGUCCGCAACGACGAGGAGCUCAACAAGCUGAUGGGAGGCGUCACCAUCGCUCAGGGCGGAGUGCUGCCCAACAUCCAGGCCGUGCUGCUGCCCAAGAAAACCGAGAAGCCAGCCAAGAAAUAAAAUAUUUGGACGCCCCCUUUUAAGAUCUAUAAAAACAAAAAGGCUCUUUUAAGAGCCACCCACUUUUGGUAGUAAGGGAGCAUUGAAUCUGUUCAUGUGUACAAACCCACGUCACAGUCUGAAAUAACCUAUGAGAGAAAAUUGAUAUAUUAAUUAUUUCUGUGAAUCGUAGAACGUUAUAAUGGUAGCGGCUGAUAACAUUCCUCACAUGAAUGAAACGCGAAUUGUUGAAAGACAACUUGCUGUUUCACUUCACUUCCCACGAAAGUUAUGUACAAAUUGUGUUCUGGUCAGUUGAACAGACAUCUGCUACACAUUGUGUUUAUAAUGUGCUGCCUCGUUUAUUGUUUGAAAUAAAUGUUUCUUCACGCCUCCCCUGA